AUGGGCCCAGUCUCUUUGAGAUAAGGCGUUUGGACAGCGUGGGGGUUGAGCAAUCAGACCGGGGCUUUAGACCGCUGGCCAGAACAGAACUUCCUUCCUCGCCUGGUCCGACAAAAAAAAUACCGUCGGAGGCUUUUAUAAAUGGGGACUAUGUUGAGCUCUCAGUCGCUGUUUCAGCUUCAGAUCGUUGAACACACAAGUUUAAUCCACGCCAGGACACCACCGACAUCAUGACUUCAACAGCACUGUCUUUGCUGCUUUGUGCGCUUUUCCUCUGCGGACUGGAGGAAACGGUCCGGGCUCACCGCGGAUAUUGCGCCGGGAAUGAGUGUUUUGCGCUUUUCCAGGAUCCCGAGGAUUAUGCAGGCGCACAGAAAAGCUGCAAAGACUCGGGCGGACAGUUAUCACCGUAUAUGCAUGAAUAUUUUAGGAAGACAAUAAAGAGUCCGGUAAGCGGGAGUUUCUGGUUUAAAGGCAAAGCAGACGAAUGUAACCAAAGUUGCUGUUCAGUCUCCGUGUCCGCGGAACAGGACUUGUCAACCAAGGAGAAGCCGUGCAGCAACACAUUGGACGGAUUUGUGUGCCAAUAUACCCUCGAGGAGCCGUGCGGUUCGUUGCAGGCAGGUGAAGGCGCACAGGUGAGGUACAGCCAGCCUCUGGACUUCGACUUGGACGAUUCGGAAACGUUUCCUCGCGGAACCAUCGCCGUGGCGGAAAAGCUCGGCGGUAAAUAUCCAGACUCUAAACACGUGUGUUUCUCCAGCCGUUGGAUUCGAGCUCCCUGGAACUGUGAGGUACUUAAGGGCGGUUGUGAGCAGGAGUGCACCUCCACAUCAUCAAAAACGCACACGUGCACAUGUCCUGCGGGGAAAACUCUCCAUGCGAAUAAAUUCACCUGCACUGACGGCCCGUGCGCUUUGAACCCGUGCAAGGAUGAGGGUGAGAAGUGUGAGGUCUCAGAGGGAGGUUUUAAUUGCACAUGCAAAGAUGGCUUUGUGAGGGAGGAUGGAGUGUGCGUAAACGUCACUAUUUGUUUGAAGUGUGAGCACAUGAUGUGCGAUAAGGUCAAUGGGGUGUAUGAGUGUGGAUGCAGGAAGGGGUUCAGGGUGUCAGCGCACGACCCCACCAAGUGUGAGGUGAUCUGCACCGGGAGAGACUGUCCCUGCAUCAGGAGUGAGGAUAAAUGUUUCUGCCCUGAGGGCUACGUUAAAGACACCCCAGACACAACCAACAGUCAACCCUUCUGCACAGACAUCGAUGAAUGUGAGUCUGAUCGGUGUGAUCAGAAGUGUGAAAACUCAUACGGUAGUUACAGAUGUUCCUGUGACGAGAACUUCAAGCUGGACCAUGACGAGCACACAUGUGUACGCAUCGAAGACAACGAGGAGGGAUCAGGCUUCACCCCUUCAUACCCAGCUCCCCCCAGCCCUCACCCAGCUGUGGUGCCCUCCUACAUCAAGACCGGCAGUGUCCUGGGCAUCACUGUGUUCAUGGCGCUGUGUGCCGGGCUGCUCUUCUUCCUGAUCCGAAACGCCAUCAAACGUUGCGGCAAAUUUGAGCUCUCCUCCAUCAAACAUGCAGAUAUUUUCUAUCUGCAGCAGGUGACCACAGAGACGUACAAGAGGCUAUCCUUCGACAAACCAUUUAAAAACGACUCGCAGAUACUGAAAUCACAGCUGUAGGGAAGCAUGCUGCUUUUCGACCUUUAUGUCAUCUCACACUGAGCUGUUUUCUUUGCUCAAAUAUACAGCAUAGGACUGUUCCACAGUUAUCCAUAGGCAGCAUUCAUGAGAAAUGCUUGAAUUAUCUAUAAUGAAUCACACUGAAAGGUCAGCGAAGAGGGACUAAAAGAAAACAGCUUUUUAAAAAAAUAUAUGUUAGAUUUUUAUAUGGAAUUGUUCAUUCAUCUUAUAGCUACUUAACCUUUUUCUUACAGAAACAUAAACAUUGGGUUUUCCUUUACAAUUAGGCCAGUGUGUGGAGUUAUAUCCAAAAACUAAGAAUCUGUUAUAUAGGAAAAGGUCAAAUAGUAAUGGUACUAAAAGGUUAAUAUGAUCACUUUUACAGUAAAUCUGACAAGUUGAUCUUACUUCAAUUAAUCUUGCAGACUGAUUACCUUGAAAAAGUAAGGCAAAUAUGACUUUAUGUCUUAAUUUGUUAUUUUAUAUUUAAGUGUUAAGUUUACUCAACAUUUAGU